AUGCAUACGAAUCUGCAAGUGAAAGCUUUUCGCACGAAAGGGUGUGAGCACUUCAACUUUUUGGGACUUAUCUUUGGAAAAUCAACAACCACAUGCCGUUUAGUCGAUGCUUCGACCCAAGUCUCACCAAAUUCAAAUGAGGAGAGAGAGUUGGAUGAGGAGUUCAUCACUUGUCAAAAAAGAUCAUCUGCUAGUCUUGACGGUGAUCUUGAAGGUCCAUUUCCCUUUCCACGUAAAAAAAUUGGAAGUAGUUCAAGAGAUAAGAAGGAGAGUAAGAGUUCAAAGAUGAACAAUACUAUGGAUGCAUGGGCUGCAUUCUCACUUGCUAGGAUGGAGAAAUACAAGCAUACUUGUCCUGUGAACAUUGUGAAUGAUGCUUACAAAAUUAACACUUGCAUGGAUGUGUUAGAGGGUAUGGAGGGUGUUGGAUCCCAAUAA